AUGGAUAAACCAAAGAACUCCGCUAUCGCCAAAUGGGGGGCCGCAUGCUCGCCGUGUGCUCUCGCAAAGGCUAAGUGCCUGCGCUCAAGCAACAGGUCGAGCGUUAGGUGUGAUAGAAAGACAGCACAGCUUGAGGAGAGACUUAAUAGCCUCGUCGAUUUUAUUAAGGCCACCAACUCAGGAGAUAUCCCUGUCCCGUUAAGGCAGGUUUCUGAGGCCAAAUCCACUACAUCUACAUCGUCCCUAGAGGCGACCGCAGAUGCGGCACCAAUACAGAGCCGAAAGCGAAUUAGCACCGAUUCUCCAAACCAAUCUUCAAGCUCAAAUUAUGGACAACCACCUGCAAUUCCUGAUUAUUACAAUGAACAUGCCCCUCGUGUAUGUGUCUGCCGUACUCAAGCCGGCGAGAGCCCUGCUUCGCCUGAGUCCGACGAGGUCUUAUUGUCGAUAUUCGUUGACGAGCUUGUCCCUAAUUACCCGUUUGUCGUACUUCCGCCAGGCUUCACGGCCUCGGAAUUGGCAUUGAAGUAUCCUUUCCUAUUCGCCACAGUUCGAAUGAUCGCGUCUUAUCGUAACCUAAGUUCGCUAAGGUCACAGAACUACUUCAUAAUGAGACACAUAUCCGAGCAGAUGCUUAUGCGUUCAGAGCGGUCUCUAGAAAUACUCCAAUCAAUUCUCCUAGUCGUGGGAUACUAUCACUACCAUUGUAUAAUGCACGCUCAGAUGAACAAUUUGAUCGCACUAGCGAACAGUUUAGUAUCAGACCUCGGCAUUAACAAGCUUCCCGAAUUACAGGAAAAGACAAAAUUAUUGAUUUCAGCUCCCGAAGCCCCGAAAAGCAGGAUGAAUGACGAGAGGAGGGCGCUCUGCGGAGUCUGGUAUAUGACCUCGGUUGUCUCGCUCUCGUUUCAGCGAAUCGAGCCGCCAAAAUACACGCCGUACAUAGAUCAAUGUCUUCGGGAGCUCGAGACCGAUCAGGAGUAUGGAACUGAUUCACUCCUCGUCCAUCUAGUGCGGAUCCAGCACAUGUCUGAGCGUAUUUCUCAACUACACGCGAAAGACCACGACGAGAGCGAAUUGGCUGGUAUUACCCGUGCUCCUAUGAGUGCAUAUUCCAGCGUGUUUCACGCGGAGAUAGAAAACUUUAAGGCCUCACUACCUCGUCAUCUCUUAUCAAACAAGCUGCUCAUGUGCCAUAUUAAUACAGCGUCUUUACGCUUAUGGGAGCCGCCGCGGAUUGAUGCUACGCUCCUCGAAAAAAUAUCGAACUCGUUAUCAUCUCUAACUCUAGAUUCUGCUUCUUCACUCGAUGUUUUCUAUCGAUCUGGGACCGCGCUCAAGGCCUGGUUCGAAGCUUGGCUAGCUAUCGACGUCGCGGAUUACUUUGUCUUACCCAUGCCUAUCUCGGCCCAGCUCAUCAACUCUGUAAUAAUGCUAGUCCGCUGGUCCAAGCUGACAAGCCCCGACCGGAGUUUUACAUCUACCCCGACCACGACGACUAGUUCUUCAUUGCCACAGAUGGUACGAAGUGAUCCAGGUUGCAGCGGUGCGGCGCUAGUCUCCGCACCGACAGUCGGAGUCAAAGACAUAGAUCUAGAUCCCUCAAUUCCCGCCGCAGUACGCACUAUCAGGUCUCACCUUCUCUCUCAAUCCGAGCUCCGGAUAGAUGCCACUGGGAUCUUACAGGGUAUGGUAACGCGAUGCGAGCAGGCACGAGAGGCCUGCGAAAAACAGAGGGGCUUAACUUGCGAGAAUGAUAUAUGGGAUAUGGCUGCGAGGAAACUCAAGAGCACUCGCGCUAAGCUGGAGAGAUGGGCUGAGAUGGUAGCCGCCGUAGGUGGCGAGGGUCGUCGACCUGAUCUAUCAUCAAAUGCCAACAUUGCUAGAGAGGUUGACCUCGGCAAUAGUAAUGGUAUGGGAGGAAAUUGGCCUCCCAUGCCUUCGGGGAUGAACGUCUCUACCCAGUUUUCGCUUGAGGAGUGGAGUCCCGGCGCUUGGUGGGCGAGCGACUUCUUCGAGGGAUCGGGCAUGGAUCAGAAUUUCUUUGAUGGGCCGGGUGACUAUGGUACGGUUGUUAUGGAUUGUAUGGAGCCCCCGUAG